UCAGCCCCAGGACUGCAGGGCAGGCAUUUCAAAGGGCGCGGGAGCGAAGAGGUCUUCCCCAGCCGCGCUCUGCUCCUCGGUGGCCAGCGCCUCCAGGGACCCUGGGUCAGAAUUAGAGUCUGGGUGGGAAGCAGACGUGGACCCGCAGUUACGGUGGAGGUGGAGGAAGAUACCAGAGAGCUUAAACCGCGAGGAGAGGCGCGGUGUCUUGGGGUCGAGCCCCAUUUUAACCCCGCAGUUCCAGAGCUCCGCCCCGCCUGCGCCCCGCGAGCCCGGAGCCGGGCGUCCUCUAGGAGCGGGCGCAGUGGCCCCCCGGCGCGGAGCUCCUUGUCCAGGGCCGCUUGCUCCAUCAGCAGUGUCAAGGAAGGGUCUCCAGGGGAGGACAGGGAUCGGCGGCCAUGGCCGAGGCCGCGGAGCUGGAGGGGGCCCCCCCAGGUCCCCAGGGACCGCUUGAGGCCCCGGUGCCUCUGGCAGAGAAACCUGGCGAGCCGGGGGCCGCGGGCGGGAGGGCGGAGCGGGAGGAGGCCAGCGAGGGCGCCGCGGAGGCGCCGAGGGGCGAGGGGGCGGGCGCAGCAGCGACGGUCGCGGUGAACCAAGCAGAAGGCACCGAUCCGGACGGAGCGCGCGCGAGCGAGCCGGAGCCGGGCGCGGACGGUGGCCCCGGGGCCGAGACUCCAGGCGCGAGGGCCGCGCAGGGCGAGGCGGAGGCCGAGGAGGGCGCCCCGGGGUGCGCCGAGGUCCCCCAGAGAGAGGAGGCGAGCGGCGCAGAGCAGGAGGAGGCGAGCUCCGGCCGCGGCACGCAGGGCGAGGCUUCGAGGGAGAUUCAGGGGGAUCCCGGGGAGACCGAGGUCCCUGGGGCAAAGGAGAAAGCGGAGCAAGGGCCAGAGGAACCCGGAGGCUGCACGCCGGGGGCGCAGGGGGCCAGUAUGGAAGCCGCGGGGCAGGCGGGAGGGGCGCUCGGGGCCGAGGGUGAACCCCGGGACGGAGGCGAUCUCAGCUCCCAGCCCCAGGUCGAGCCCACCGAGGCCGCGGCGGCGGAGAUUGGGGGGUGCGGCCCCGGGGAGCUUGCAGAGGAGCCUGGGGGUGCAGCGGCGCGCGCCGCAGCCGACGAGGCGGGGGCGACGGGGACAGAGGAGUCGGAGGACGUGGCCCCCGGGGACUCGAGGGCGGAAGCUGUCGAGGAUGGGGACCAGGGUGAACCCCAAGAGGAAAUGGAGGAGGCCGAGGAGGAGAGGCGAGAGCGCGGCCCGGAGGUACCAGUGGAGCCGGUCGCAGCCGGGGCGGAGGAGGAGCCCCCAGACAGCAGCAGCAGCGCGCGGGCAGAGGCGGCCGCGCCAACGCGGGCCGCGGAGCCGGAGGCCGAGCUCAGCAACCACCUGGCGGAGGAGGGCAGCGUCGAGGGCCGGGAGGAGACGGAGCCGGUGAAUGGCGGAGAGGAUGGCGAGACGUCAGAGGAGGGGGCCCCGAGGCAGGAGCACGACAUCACCCUCUUCGUGAAGGCUGGUUACGAUGGUGAGAGUAUUGGGAAUUGCCCGUUCUCCCAGCGCCUCUUUAUGAUUCUCUGGCUAAAGGGCGUUAUAUUUAAUGUGACAACAGUGGACCUGAAGAGGAAACCCGCAGACCUGCAAAACCUGGCUCCUGGAACAAACCCUCCCUUUAUGACUUUUGAUGGCGAAGUCAAGACGGACGUGAAUAAGAUCGAGGAGUUCUUAGAGGAGAAACUAGCUCCCCCGAGGUACCCUAAGCUGGGGACCCAACACCCUGAAUCGAACUCUGCAGGGAAUGAUGUGUUUGCCAAAUUCUCCGCAUUUAUAAAAAACACCAAGAAGGAUGCCAAUGAGAUUUAUGAGAAGAACCUGUUGAAGGCCCUGAAGAAGCUGGAUAAUUACUUAAAUAGCCCUCUGCCAGAUGAAAUCGAUGCCUACAGUACUGAGGACAUCGCUGUUUCUGGAAGGAAGUUCCUGGAUGGGGACGAGCUCACGUUAGCUGACUGUAACCUCUUACCCAAGCUCCACAUUAUAAAGGAUACUACCUUGAAAUUCAAGCCUUGAAUAUGUGUCUGAGCCCUUACGUGAAUAUUGUUUUCAAUAACGUUGCCAGUUCCCCAACACCUAAAAUGUAGUAUUAAGCAUCUCAACUCAUCAAAACCUUCUACGUCUGGGAGCCAUUUUCCAACAAGCUAUUUAUGUGGUCGUGUGUGGUUUAGUCCUCACAGCGGUGGUUUUGUCAUCAUUGCUUCGACUAGUGUAACAUCGCAGAGGUACGUGGAGGUUGGGAAACAGCAAGAGAAAUGCCCCAGCCAUGUACCAUCGGUUGCCACUUGUUUCACUCCUGUAGGAAAAGAGUAUUUUAAAUUUCAGUAGAUGGGGUAAACUUCAGAGUAAAAUAAAGAAGAUCCUGGCUCCAGUGUAAGAUCAUAGAGCAAAUUCUUCAAAGCCAUUGAGCAUUGAAAAUACCAAACAGCUUCAUAACCUUUCAGGAUGGAGCACCUUUGGAAGGGAAAUGAGACUUGGUAUAAAGGAAUUUAUGGUAAAAGAUGAGAGAGUAAAGAAAUUUAUAAUCUAUUCUCUUUCCUGAAAUCCAGCAAACAUAACAUGAAAAAAAACAACAACAACAAAACAAAACAGAGUAAAGCUUCAUCUGUCAUAAAACCAGAAAAGGACAGAACACUAAUUCAAAGACUAAGAAACUUUGUCCAGUGUGAGGUGUCACAGAGCCAGUGCAGGCUUCCCUGUAUCUUUAGCAAAGUUCAGAUUUCUCCAAAAGGAAAUAGUACAGUCCUGGAAUGCCCAACCCAAACUUCUUUGAGGACUAGGGCCAUGAGAGGAGAAAAGGGAACAGCCCCACACAGAUUACUGCUGGGCGGAGGUCUCUGGGGAGGGAGAGCGGAAGCAGAAAGCAUGCAGAGGCGCUAUCUUUGUGUUCUGCCACUGGUCCCCUAAUCUGAAGGAACUGGGAGAGGGGUGGAAAGAAGGGAUGUGCCAUUCUGCUUUGUAGCUGCUGCGUAGAGAAUAGAAAUAGUCUUUGAGCUAGUCAAGAGAGAGACUGUAAAUUGCUUGGGCUUCAUUUUUAGCCAUGGUGACCUCCUGCCUAAUCUUUGAGUCUCAGAGUAGAGGAUGCUCUAACCUUAAUCUUGAUUCUGACCUUGACCCUGACCCUACUCCUAAUGUGUCUGUGGGGUGGAGUAUAGAGCAGUGUUUGGUGAGAGAGUUUAUGAGGGUAGACAUUCAAAUUGGUCUCCCAGCUGCUGUGAAUCACUCCCUUUGCCCUCCAUACUACUUUUAACAAGUGUUCCGUCCAAUAGGUCUGCCUCAGUAAAGGAUGAUUAAUAACCAGUAAGAACCUAAGUAGGGCUUCUGUGAGGAUAGAUAGGAUCAAGAAGGACCGGGGAAAAGGGAGAAAAAGAAGGAUCUGAAAAGGAAAGGGCAGAUGAGAAACCCCUACACGAUGAGGACUUGCUCCAGUAAAUGAAAAUACAUUCUAGUCAGAUUCUCCUCUGUGACCUUCAAGACAUGAAAGAGAACAUGGAUCUUUUGAAAAAAAGCUCAGAGACGGAACAAGAUAUCAAAAAACUAUAACAUCACAAGGAAGAGGAGGAUCAGGCUGGUGGAACUCAAGACAAAAACUUAAAGACAAGUUUAAUAAUUUCAAAAAUAAAAGUUACAUUACACAUAGCAAGACACAGAAAAAGACAUUGCAGAAAUUCAUCAGGGACCUGGAGGACAGGCCUGAGACAUCAUCCAAAAUCGAGUGGAGAAGCAGCAAGGGAUAAAAGUGAUUAGAGAUUUCCGGGAUGUACAUAGUUAAGAACCAGAGAACAGGAGAGAAAAAAGAAAGGAAGGAAGGAGGGAAAAUUAUUUUGAACUAAAGGAUGAUCUGAACCUUCAGUAUAAACAACAUGCCAUGACCGGAAAAGUAAAAUCCAGAACAAUCAACACACUAUGAUAUACAUGAUAAAUGAUACAUUACUGAACUUUGAGGAUCAAAAGAACACUUUGGGUGUCCAGACAAUAAAAGAAUUAAUAAUAAUAAUAAUAUUAAUAAUAAUAAACAGUAAAGCCACCUACAGAGGGAAGAAAUUCAGACUGGUCUCAUGCAUCUCCGUGACCACAGUAAAACCCAGAAAACAGGGGCCCCUGGGUGGCUCAGUCAGCUGAGCGUCCAACCCUUGAUCUUGGCUCAGGUGGCAAUCUCAUGCGUGGUGGGAUCGUGCCCUGCUUCGGGCUCCGUGC